CUAACCAGAAAGCGCAGGGGCAUCGGCGGCCCGCGCCGCGCCCCCGCCGUGAUUAGCUCCAGCGGCGCGACCCGGGAGGGCGGACUCUUUCUUAACCCUCGGCGUCUCCCCCUCCCUCUUCCUUUUUAAAGGACGCCUUGCAGGCAGAGCCGUCAGCAACCGGGAGGCCGUUUGUACUUGGCCGCGGCGGGGCUGACUCCUGCUCCGGUGACAGACAGGGGCGGGGGUGCAGGGGCCGCCGGUCCCGGGCGCCCGCACGUGGGGAUCUCGAAUUCUUCCUCCUUCGGGCUCCGCUCCGGACCCCCCGGCGACGGCCCUGAGGAGGAGCGCGGCGCGGCGCUGGGGUCGCUCGCCCGGGACGCGAUGGCUCCCUUGAGGAGCGGGGAGGGCGGCGGCCGAGGGUUCGGCGCGCCCCUGGCGCGGGUCGCAGUAUGAGACCGGCGAAGGGCGGGAGUAGCAGCCCCAGCAGCAGCCUCUGCCGGCGCCUCCCGCGGGCCCUCGCCCUCCGACCCCGCGCACCAUGCAGACGCCUGGCCUGCGGAGUCCGCCGCGCAGCCGCUGCCGCCUCCCCGGCCCCCGCUAACCCCCGCCAGAGGGGUCUCGGACGCCGCGGCCAGCCGCCCGCGCCGCGCCCCGGGGGAGGCGGCACCGAGGCGCUCAGCCCUCCGCUCUCCGGCCGCGCGCGUCCCCCUCCCGGCCGCCCCGGGCGCCCAGCGGCGAUGGGGGCGCUGCUGACGCUCUGGCUCCUCCUGGGCUGGCUGCGCUGGAGCCCGGCGGGCGCCCAGCAGUCCGGAGAAUACUGCCACGGCUGGGUGGACGUGCAGGGCAACUACCACGAGGGCUUCCAGUGCCCGGAGGACUUCGACACCCCGGACGCCACCAUCUGCUGCGGCUCCUGCGCGCUGCGCUACUGCUGCGCCGCGGCCGACGCCAGGCUGGAGCAGGGAAGCUGCACCAACGACCGCGGCGAGCUGGAGCACCCGGGCAUCACCGCGCAGCCCGUCUACGUUCCCUUCCUCAUCGUUGGCUCUAUCUUCAUUGCCUUCAUCAUCCUGGGCUCUUUAGUGGCUAUUUAUUGCUGCACCUGCUUGAGACCCAAGGAGCCCUCACAGCAGCCAAUCCGCUUCUCACUCCGCAGCUAUCAGACGGAGACCCUGCCCAUGAUCUUGACUUCCACAAGCCUCAGGGCACCUUCCAGACAGUCCAGCACGGCCACCAGCUCCAGCUCCACUGGGGGCUCCAUCCGCAGAUUCUCCUUUGCCAGAGCAGAGCCGGGCUGCCUGGUGCCCUCCCCGCCUCCACCUUACACCACGGGCCACCCAAUCCACCUGACCCAGCCAUCCGGUUUCCUGGUGUCACCCCAGUACUUCGCUUACCCACUCCAGCAGGAGCCCCCGCUGCCUGCGAAGAGCUGCCCGGACUUCAGUUCCAGCUGACGGGCCACAGCGAUAAAUCCAGCCCGUCGUACAACGGCAGACAGGUGGAGUGCUGUCGCCAUUGCUGCAAGUAUUUCUGGGGAAAUUUCCCUGGGAGCCGGCGAUGUCAUGGAGGAAUGUGCUAGGAAAAUACAGCGCCUUCUUAGUCUUAAGGUUCCCAGCUCCCAUCACAGAACGGGUGCGUUAAGAGAAUUGCUUUCUGGCCUUGAAAACGUGGUGAUUAUUACAUUUCAACUUAUGCUGCUUUUAUUCAAAAUAGGCACCAUUUCAAUUUACAGUUGCAAAUUGGCUGAAAAUGUAUUAAUUAGACAACUCAGCUGUAAUGUUUAGGAAAGGCCUACAUGUUCUUUUGAGUUGUUUAGUGAGUCUUAGUACAAAUAUAUACAUAAAUAAGCAAAGUAAAAUACCUGAUAGUAAUUACUGAAGGUUCUCUUAAAAAAAAAAAAAUUAACAAGUAAGCAACCUGAAGGGACAGUGAGCAACCUAUUUACGAUUUUGGGAGAAACCUAACCAUGAAUAACGUUAGCAUCGUGAGAAGAGUUACUUUUUAAAUUAAUAAUUAAAUUUUGUUUAAAAUAUAAGAGCUUUUUCAGAAUACAAGAUUUCAGUAACCACAUGGAGUUUAAAAUUUUAAAUAUUUACUCAGAUAUUCAUUGUAAACAGAUCUUAUGUAAAAGCAUUUCCUGCACCCACCGGAGGGAAUAUUUAUUGCAGACUUUUUGUUCAACAGCAUUUAGUGUUUAAAUGAAAGUUGGACAGCUGAGUCUUAAAACAUUUAUUUGUAAAAUGAGUCCUGUACAAAUGUAAAGAUUUGUAAUUUAAUGUAUUUACCACAUUGACGGUACUAAUUAUUUAGUAGUCCACACUGAAAUUUUUUAUGUUAAUAAUAACUGUGGCGUUCAAAGUCCAUCUAUUGGGUUAUAAUCACCGAAUAUUACAUAUCUUACGUGCCACUCAGUUCUAUGUCUGAUGAUCACAUUUGGGCAUAUAUCCUGCUGGGUUAGAAUAAAUAAAGUACUUUAUGGUUUUGUGAA